AUGACUAAUCUUACGAGUCGAAUGGCCGUUUUUGGACCAAACAUGAUGUUUACGGAUCUAAGAUGUUCUCCAUCAUGUACGCGUGCUGGAGUACAUGGUACAGAGGGAUUUGGAAGAUUAUGGCGAGGCACCAAUGCUGGCCUGGCAUUGGCUAUACCAACUGUGGGAAUCUAUCUGCCUUGCUAUGACAUCUUCCAGAAUUGGUUUGAAGAGUUUGCAACUGAAAAUGCUCCAAGCAUGACACCGUAUGCCCCUUUGCUGGUGGGGACAAUGGCUGGAGGAGCUGCAGAUUGUCAGUUUUGGCACAGAAAUUUAGGCAUUAAGUGUCAUUUGCAUGAAUUGGCAAACAAGAGUAGGAUUUCAGUGACUGGCGCUUCAAAGAUGCUUGCCAACAUUCUCUAUUUCUUACCGUGGGAUGGGGCAAAACAGUCAUUUUACGCUGCGUUACUUUUUUUUACAGCGAAGGCGGACGUCUCAAGGGACUAA